AUGGUGCACAUGAAUGUCCUGGCUGAUGCUCUCAAGAGAAUUAACAAUACUGAAAAGAGAGGCAAAUGCCAGGUUCUUAUCAGACCGUCGUCCAAAGUCAUCAUCCAGUUUCUAACUGUGGUGAUGAAACAUGGUUACAUUGGCAAAUUUGAAAUUAUUGAUGACUGCAGAACUGGGAAAACUGUUGUGAACCUCACAGGAAGGUUGAACAAGUGUGGAGUAAUCAGCCCCAGAUUUGAUGUGCAACUCAAAGAUCUAGAAAAAUGGCAGAACAAUCUGCUUCUGUCCCAUCAGUUUGGUUUCAUUGUUCUAACAACCUCAGCAGGUAUCAUGGACCAUGAAGGAGAAAGAUGA